GAAUUGCAGAAUGAAGUCGGCGCUCUAUUGGAAUUUCGCGAUCUGGUUAUCGAGACCUUUCCCGAUCUUAAAACAAAGAUGGCAUCGUCCGCUGCCAACAGCACACUCACCGGGAUCCCGUCGUCAUCAUUGGCGUCUAGACGCGAGUGGGAGCCCGGAAUACGGACUAGGCGGAAACUGACCCAGAAAGAUGCAUCCGCUGAAAUCCACCAGCACUCGUCGUCGCUGACUACCCGCAGCAGGAGCAACUCGCACAGCGGCAAGAAGGAACCAAAGAGCGGUGAGGGCAAUAAUGGCAGCGUGAUACAGGAUUCGGGUUUCUCCACGGAGACAUCCUCGUCGAAGGAGACACACAGUGCCUCGUCGACGAGUGGUGGCGUGCAGGGAACCAUCGUAUCUAAUACAACCAAUCGACUAACUGUAGAUACCGAAGAUGAACUGUGGAAUUUGCUAGAUGUGAUACAUAGGAAAAGCAAUCGACUCCGGGAGGAGGUGGACGCGCUGCAGCAGCUGGAGCGGGAGAAAUGUCGAACAAAUCAGCUAAACAAUAAUCACACGAACGUCGUGGGCAGUACUAGUAGCGGUAGUAGUAAUAGUAGUAGUAAUCUUAUCAAUACGCAUCAUAGUAGUAGCAGUAGUAGUGGUGGCAACCUUCCUCACCACACGCAUCAGCCGCCGGGUGUCCCGAGUGCCAACAGUGGCGUUACAGCCGGCGGCACCCUAGCGAAAACCUUUCAAACUCAACUCCUAGUGGACGCUGUAAAUAAGGACGAUGUACAAAUUUUACGCAAGGAACGGGAUCGACUGUUUGACAAACUGUCCGAGUACGAGGCGGAAGCGAUCGCGAGCCGGAUACGGACGUCGAAGAUGCAGGACGAGGUGGACGCACUGGCGUCCGCCAAGCAUGAACUGGAAGACCAGCUGAAAGCGGCCCUAAGUCAGAAACUAGAACUUAACAGUAAGAUUCAUGAUCUCCACCAGCAGUUUGUAAAUAAAAGUGCGCCUAGUUCCCCCGAGUCAAUCAACAGUCGGCACCCGCUGACGACUGGGCUACGAAAACAUUCGACUGAUUCCGCUACCACCAUCAUCGCGAUACCCCAUCUAUCAUCAUCGCCAUCGUCAGCGGCCGCGGCAUCCGGCCAGCAGCAUCUACUGAAAACCCGCUUCAAUCAAUCCAGCUUCGCACCCGUCAAGAGUGUCAGCAGUACUAAAAUCUCCAUUCCGUCGGCUGUACACGACGAUCCCGGGCAGGAUACGACUAGUCCUACGGCAACGACGCCGUCGUCUGCGUCCAGCGACGAAAUCAACACCAACAACACAACUGCUAUAAGGCUGAAUGCGAGCGGCGUAACCGUUGGGGAUGGCCACGGUAUCGCUACCGUUACCGCACUCGGUAAGCUGGAUGGGCUGAUAAGCUCGCCGGCUAGACUGGGUAAAGUGCGCAUUACUGAUUCCAAGAAGAUCACCGCCAUCCUGCUGGAAACGAACAUAGUGGAACUGCAACGGCAUCUGCUCACCAUUACCGUACAGAAUCAGGUUCUGCAACAACGGCUGGACCAAGCGACCCGUUCGAGGAUUUUCCUCAGUAAAAAGCUGGAUAAAUCAAAGGAGGACAUUGACGAUCUGAAAUUUAGGCUCGAGGAAAAAUCCAUCGAACUCGAAGGUACCAAGGCUCAGCUGCGAGUUCUAGAGUCCAAGCAGAACGGUAAGUCCUCCGCGUCGUCCGGUUACAGUCCGGAUCACGCUCAGAACCAGCAUGCGACAAACUCUGGGACGAUCGGGAAAGGCUCUACCAUAACGGUGGUUACCACCUCAGCCGGUGGUAUUGUUAGUCAUCAGCAUCGAUCCGCUUCUACCUCGGAACUGAUUCAGCAGUUAUCACCAGUUCACCACCAUCACAACCAGCAGCAGCAGCAGCGAGAUUUGGCACUCCGGUUGCAGCAGUCUCAGGUGUCCACGCCUAGCAUGAAGGCAAUGACUCCGCUGGCAAUGGAUGAAAUCCUUCAUCACAGUAGUAGUACCGAGUCGGCUCAGGAUCAGGCGGAGCGAGACUCCGCCAGUAGACUACAGUGUCCGGAGACUCCCCGCCGGCGGCCCAGCAAAAUCCCUCUACCGGGGACAAAGGGCUACGUAGCCCCGAAACCUCCAACCGGUAGACAUUUUAUACCUUCCCAACAGCACCCCCGACAGGAAAAGAGUACCCCUUCCCCCUCCGGAUCCCUAACUAAUAAAUCGUUAAACAAGAGCACUGGUAGUCUGUACGUCAAAUCCACCGGCCCAAGUUCGAUUACCAGUGCGUCCAAGGACAAAAAAGACGCAAGCCUAAACCGGCCCGAGUCGGCCCAGAGCUGGCGCAGGGACACAUCCCUCGAAAAAAGUCGCAGUUCGUCCAUACCGGUUUCCAAGGGCAGCAGUAAUAGUGGCUCUCCUGUUGCCAAACAGUCACCGCUGCCCGUGGUAAGCAGUUCACCGCUACCGAAAACGAAACGUGAUUCUCUAACGACACGGGUAAAAAAUCUGGACUCCCUUUCGCGACUCCAGACGGCUUCGGCAUCGACCGGUAAUCUGAGCAAAUCGAGCUCGAAGAAAGAUCUCAGCUCGAGUUUCACCACCGGGCAGCUGCGCGAUCGGAAGCAAAGUGUUAGCGCGAUUCGGCGCGUAAGCAGCGUAUCGAUCGGGCGCGGUGGUUCGUCCGGCGAACCCAACAACAAUGGUUCCUCUUCCACCGGGCUGGCAUCGACGGCCGACGGUUCCAGCAACGCCGCGACUGGCACCGACAGCGGAAAGGUACGAAACAUGCGUUCCGCAUUCUGGAAUUGGCUGAAGAUCUAAGUGUUUGUUUCCGUUAGCCCCACCCCACCCCAAGAAGAACAUUAAAAAAAGAGGUUGACUAGCACCCCUUGCAAAAACUUAAAUUCAUCGUAUAACAGAUUACGUAACUCUUGAAAAAAAGAUUAUCUUUAAUGUUAAAAGAACACAAAAUUUUAACCAUUCGGAAGUCGUUUGCGUUUUUCCUAGACAUAUCAGUUUGUGACAGACGUGCUCGGUCCGUUUUUUUUUCUCGUACUACGACUAAUCGUAACAGAGUGAUUUCGUAUUAGGAAGUAAAAAUAAUCAGGGUGUUUUACACGUAGUAAUUGUUAUCAAAAAUAAAGUGAUUUCGCUCGGAUUCGAAGGAGUAAACUUAAAAAAAGACAAUAGAUGCCUUAUGCACGAUCUGUGUUUUUACCAUUAAA